AUGGCGCAAGAGCGUGGCAACGAGGUUGAUACCAAAGAAACCGAAGACUCACCAAGCCAGCAUGGAGAUACACCCCUGGAAGGCUAUUCCCAGUUCACAGUAGCCCAGAAGCGGGCUAUUGUUGCCAUGGGAUCCUUGGCUAGUUUCUUCUCACCCUUGUCUUCAAGCAUCUAUCUGCCCGCUUUGACCACCAUCGCGAGGUCCCUGCAUAUCUCCGUCUCCCAGGUGAACUUGACGGUCACUACUUACCUGAUUAUGCAGGGAGUGGCACCCAUGCUGAUUGCAGGCUUCUCGGACACCGCAGGCCGCCGUCCCGCUUACAUCAUUUGCUUCACAAUUUACCUUGCUGCCAACCUCGGACUAGGUCUCCAAAAUAGUUAUGCUGCCCUCCUGGUUCUCAGGUGUCUUCAGAGUGCAGGCAGCAGCGGGACUGUGGCACUGGCAAACGGUUUGGUCGGAGACAUGAUCACGUCCGCGGAACGAGGCUCAUACAUCGCCUUCGCUUCAGUUGGGAGCAUGUUAGGUCCCUCCUUGUCACCAAUCAUCGGCGGCCUUUUCAGUCAGUACACCAAUUGGCACUGGAUCUUUUGGUUCCUACUCAUCUUCGGUGGCGUGUUCUUCCUCAUCCUCGGUCUAUUCCUACCGGAGACCUGUCGCAAAGUCGUCGGAGAUGGGUCCAUCCCACCGCCUCCUUUGAAUAACUCUGUGGCAGAUAUUAUCCGGCAUCGCACACGCAAACGGAAGGGUCUUGUUCCCGACCCGGACAAGGAAGCUGAGGUACGAAAGAACUACUCUCUCCGAUUCCCAUCACCGGUCCCGACUAUGAAGGUUGUCCUGGAUAUCGAGACGUCGAUCAUCCUGCUCACUACAGGGUUGCUAUUCGCUGGUUUUUAUGCUGUCAUGACUGGUGCGUCAACCUCCUUCCAUAAAAUCUAUCACUUCAACGACCUCCAUGCUUCAUUGAUGUACCUUCCCAUUGGCGGAGGAGGGGUGCUGUCAGCUUUCACGACUGGCCGACUGGUUGACUGGAACUAUCGCCGUCAUGCAAAACGUGCCGGUCUCACUGUCAUCAAGAAUGUGCGUACGGAUAUCCGCAACUUCAACAUUGAGCGAGCGAGACUGGAAGUCGCAAUCCCGCUUUACUACAUUAGUAAUUUGUCGAUGCUGAGCUACGCCUGGGUGUUGGGUCACAAGGUCAACCUGGCUGCUCCUAUCAUUCUUCUGUUCAUUACUGGAUGGUCGAUUAUUGGAACCUCACAGGUCCUGAAUGCCUUGAUGGUUGACCUUUGGCCGGGAAAGUCAGCGGCCGCGACUGCAGCAAACAAUUUAUUCCGGUGUGAGCUCGGUGCUGCGGCGUCCGCAGCGAUCAGCCCUAUGACCUCUGCUAUGGGCGAUGGCUGGGCGUACACCGCGCUUGCGUUGAUCUCCAUUGCUGUUUCUCCUUGCUUGUGGGUAGUGGCGCGUAAUGGGAUCAAGUGGCGACAGAAGAGAAAUCGGAAUGAGGAGGAGAAAUCGUCUUGUGGACAGGACUGA